AUGAUCCGCGAUCCAUGCCGGACCACUCGGCAUGCGGGGGACCCGACGCUGAGAUGGGUCGCCGGGCUGCUCAUCCCCUUGGCCUACCAUUUCUUGGUGGGUGCCGGCCUCCCCCGGCCGGCCUCUGCCGCACCCGCCGCGCACUCCGCAGCCCCCCAAGUGUUCCGGUACCGCAUCGUCUCGGAGCACUGGCAUGACCCCAAGGCCUUCACCCAGGGUCUGGAGUAUGGCCGAACCUGCAGCAAGGAGGGAAACUGCACCGACUUCUUCUGGGAGUCCACGGGUAUGUACGGCGAGUCGGAGGUGCGGCAGGUCGAGUUUGCCAGCGGCAGGGUGCUGAGGUCCCGGGCGCUGCCCUCCCAGGACUUUGCGGAGGGCAUCACCAAGUUGGGCAACAGCCUGUACCAGCUGACGUGGCGCUCCCCCCGCGCCUGGGUCUAUGCCACGGAGGACCUGGGCGCAGCGCGCCUGGCCUCCACCCCCCUCCUCGACGGCUGGGGCAUCACCAACGACGGCACGCGCCUGAUCCUGGGCGACUCCUCCCCCACGCUCACCUGGGUCGACCCCGGGACCAUGGCCCGCCUGCACCAGCGCUCCGUGCAGGACGCCGGCCGCGCCGUGCCCUUCCUCAACGAGCUGGAGUGGGUGGAUGGGGCCAUCCUCGCCAACAUCUGGGGCCGGGAGUGCCUCGUGCGCGUCAACCCCGCCGACGGCCGCGUCCUGGCCUGGGUGGACCUGCGGGGCAUCACGGCCCACAUGGCGGGCUCGCUGAGCGCCGAGGAGCGCAAGGGCCCGCGGCUGGACGUGCUGAAUGGCGUCGCAUGGGACGCGCAGGGGCGGCGCCUGUUUGUCACCGGCAAGCGCUGGCCCCGCUUGUACCGCAUCGAAUUGGUCCCCGUGCCGCCGGAGCAUCGGGGCUCAUUGCUGGCCGACCUGCGCGAGGCCUGCAUCGUAGUCGACACCAGCAUCUUUGGCGGGCGGCGCUGA